GAGGAUUCGGUCCAGCAGGAAUCCAAGUCGACUCCUACGCUGACUUUUCUCUGCAGCUACCAGACCACACGCCGCCGUCGCCGUUCUCCCAGACGGGACGGGAUCAUCAGUUCAUCACCGGCGGCGGAGGCGCCGUCCUCCCUCGGGCGGGUUCCUCUACGCUCCGCACAUGGCGCGGAGGGCGUUGGCCGCCGUUUGGCCGUUCGUGAAUGGCUGCAUCACCGGCACCGUGCUCGGCAUGACCUUCGCCGACCAGUGUGCCUCCGUCGUCACCGUGGACGGCGGCUCCAUGUACCCCACCCUGGACGCCGAACAGGGCGAGCGCGCGCUGGUGGAGAAGCGCUGCCUCUACCGCUACGACCUCUCCCGCGGCGACGUCGUCGUCUUCCGGUCGCCGAGGAACCACCGUGAACUGCUGGUGAAGAGGUUGAUUGCGCUGCCGGGGGAUUGGAUUCAGGUCCCGGAGAAUCAAGAGAUCCGGCAGAUCCCGCAGGGACACUGCUGGGUAGAAGGGGACAAUGCCAGCGUCAGCAUGGACUCGAGAUUCUAUGGCCCUGUUCCUUUGGGUCUGAUGCAGGGCAGAGUCACGCACAUAGUCUGGCCACCUCACAGAAUUGGUCGAGUUGACAGAAAAAUGCCAGAAGGAAGGAUUAUGCCACUAUGACCUUUUUAGAACUCUUGUUUUUUUUUUUGAGCAACCCUUUUUAGAACUCUUGUUAGGUUGGUUAUCCUGCAUUCUUUUUCCAUUUUAGGGCAGGAGACCACUAUGAAUACUAUUGACUGAUGCCUGUACUGCACUACACUGUCAAAGGCAGUGAAUUAGAGGAUGUGACACUUUUGGUGACAGUGAGAAUAUUAUCUCUGGUUGCAAAUUAACCUUCCUGUCAGUUGUAACCUUGUAGGAAAUGUCUAGCGAGGAGCUUUACUUUUUGAUGUGACUCAACACUAAAAUCUUCCCAUUCCA